AUAGUUACCUAUUGCGUGUAGUGUUAUUGUUUUGUGGAAGAAAUUGUGAAACCUAACUAAAUUAUACAUUAUUUCCAUAUAAAAUCGGUAUAGUUUUGAUCUUUGUUCGUGUAUGUUCCUUUUUUUAUGGAAUAUGUCUUUCUUCACCGUGGUGUUAUCGAUUGAUAUGAGCCAAAGGCUCCAUGAAGCCGCCGGUGACUACGCUUGCCCACUGUGAAACAAUUUGUAGUGGUAAUUUGCGUAUUGGCCACAGCGAGGAGAAGGCGCCACGUGCGGGCCUGCGUACAACCGGGGGCGGGCGCUUUGCGCCGCCCCACAGCUGCAUAUAUUUCGCCCUGAUGAGUUAUUGACAUCGGCUGAUAAGCAUUAUGUAGACGAGAACCCGCACAUCAUAUUACCGGAUCCGUUCGCAUCAGAUGAUUGGUUAGAUGAUUUUUCACCGUCACAUCAGUUCCAGUUGAUUUCGACUGAGGAACUAAACACGAUGAAUACGAGUGACGAUGAACCAUCGUCUGGUGUGAAUGCAAGACUGAGGCCUAGAAAGCCUGGUGCCCCAAGCCCAUUAACCACCAAGGCGUUUCGUAGGUCCGAGAGCAAGUCCGCGUCGGAGAAACCCAAACGUACCAGCACUCCGUCCAAAGUGCUGAAUAAACAAGAUGAUCUCGCCCACAAGUCUGAUUCUUCACCUGUCCCACAUUUCCUUUGCCCCUAUUGCGAUAGGAAGUUUGCAGCCAAACAGGCUGUCUCUAAACAUGUGCGCCGUCUGCACUCCUCGGAUUCGAAGCAAGACUACUUCAUUGGCUGUUUGUUCUGUAACCAUACAGAACCCGACCUCCACGAUAUUAUCCGCCACAUGGUCGACAGCCAUCCCAACCAGUACUUCGCUUGUCUCGACUGCCAUACUCGGUUCCCUUCCACGAGCGAACUGGCCGAGCAUAAGCUCAAUAUUUGCGAGAAACAAAAGUUACCAUAUAAGAACAAAUUACGCCAGAAAUCCGGUAAAACUAAAAAAGCACAGAAGACUAUCAAGAUUGAUGAUAAAGAAUUUCAAAAUGACCCUAAGACAUAUCCGACUGGAUUCAAUGGCAUCGUCAUUUCAUGUGAACUCAAACCGUCACAGGUGCACGACGAGGCCGACAUUGAGGAUAAUAUAACAACGAACCUGAUUCUGCCGCCCGGCAAAACACUUGGUAAUAAUGCUAUUUUAGACAAAAACGCAGUCAUCCUGCUAGACGACAUCCAGUGGAAUAAACGCAUACCAUCAAAUUUUUCGUUCCACAACACGGAUGCCGAUCAGAUUCUGUCGAGGCUUGGAGUGGUUCAUCGCUCUCCUAGAACCGGAGAGCCUACUAAGAAGGAUUGGUUGAGGACUCUUGAUGAUGCGACUCAGAAAUUCGAGAAAUGUUUUGAUACCAGCUUUUACUCCAAAGUCGCAAGUAAUGUGCAUGAAAAUUUAACCAAAUUCCUGGACGGGUCGUUUAACUUUAACCCUGAUCCUGACAGUACUAUCAAGACGAGAAAAUCUAAAAACAGCGUCGUCAUUAACACCGCAGAGGGUUUCCCCAUCCUGUUGGCCUGCGAACAAUUUUCUCGCAACACUUUCGACGGCUACAUGCCGCGCGCCAUCGCUCCCAAGCACAAAUGGAAGUGGGACAACUUGGAGUCCGACCGCACUGCUCUCAGUGCAGACCAGAUAAAACGUGAUUCUCAUACAAAUAACUGCAUCAUCACCUUGGUGUCCAGCUUAGAUAUUUGGACGCAGUUGUGUAUGAGACGCAAAUACGAGGAGAAGUACAGUUACUCACCACUCGCAAAGAAGACUGAUAAACAAACUGCGAUCGACAAUGAGUUGAAGGAGAUUCUGGAAAGUAGGGAGUUACCCACAUCAUCGUCUCAAGUAGUCAAAUUUAAACAUAAGCCGACGAUGCCAAAUGAGGGUCUCGAUUUUCCUGCGUCAUUGGGCUUAGCUCCAUCGACUCCUAAAUAUGAAUUGCCGCCUGCUGUUCUGAGCGGCGAGUGGGUGCGUCCUCGCUGUUUCGUUUGCUGCGCUUGCGGCGCCCCCACCUGGGAUUCCCGCGCUUUAUCCGCGCACAUGGCUACGAGACACCCUAACGCCCAAGUACAACACUACGAAGUGGUAGGUGAACCACUUUUGAAUUCCGACAUUCUCAAACAUCUAUAUGUGCCUCCGAAUCAAAUGCACAACCGAACGAGGCCUCCCCGAGGCUACCGUGAGUGCACCAAGUGCAGGAAGUCUGUCACGUUCGAAGAUUUACAUCAGCACAUGUUGGAUUGUGCUGGCGACACCCCGGCCGUCCGCAGGAAGUGCCGACACCGGCCGUUCGGAGUUCGCAGACGUCGACCUCGCUUACCAGACAAUCGCAUUCGCAAGAAGAUGCGCAAAGACAUAAGGGACAGGCAACCCGGCAAUCAAAAGUCUCAUAUGAGAUCAAGACCGAAAAAUAGAACCGAAGUUGGGGAUGCCGAAACGAUUCGUAAGAUGUUAGCUGAUCUGCCAGCCAAACGCCAUCGAGUACUAGUUAAUCCGACGAGUUCGGGGUUGCGAUCUCGUGCAAAAAUGGACAAACAAAGAAACAAACUAUUAAUGAAAAGGCGUCUAUCUGAAGAUCCAAAAAAAAGAAAACUCAGAACUGUUAGAAAUAACUCUAAUUAUAAUGAGCAGUCUGGAUCAUCAAAAUAUGAUGAUCAAAACAAAUCAUCAGACGACAAAAAUGAGGAUGACUUACCCUUAAAAAGGACGGUGAAGCGUGUACAAACUAAGACUACGCGUCAAAAUGAAGCUAUGAAACGUAAGGUGGCCAUAAACAGAGCCAAAAGAAAGUUGAAGUCGGCAGAAGAAGCGCCAACCAACAACGAAAUAGACCCUGAUACUAAUGUCCCGAGCACUAGUGGUGCGCAACCUGAUGAGCUUUCUAUUGAAAAUACUCCACAGAGAGUUGACAUUAACAGUGGCUCUUAUAAUACGAGAGAAAAUUCAAACCGCGGAUCCAGUAACUCCAACAAUGGAUCAAAUAAUCGGGAACAACAGCCGAGACAUUUCGAACAAAACGGGAACGCUUCCCGGGCACCAGUUCCAAACACCCCGUUAAAACAUUCUAUCGCUCGCUUGACAGCUGAUUGUGAAACUCAUGACAAAUCUGUCCAAUUCCAUCACUCGUUCUUAGUCCAACAAGAAUGUAACAAUGUUAACCAACAUGUCCCGACGGGACACCAAUUACUAUUUGAAAAUGAAGCUGCGGUUACUAGGCUUGAUAAACCACCUUUAGGUAGUAGUCACCGCGGUAUAUUAGACCCGUAUAGUUUGCAGAAAAGUAAACUAAAUAAACCCCGGAAGGGUUUGAAUGAUUGCAUUGCGAUGCUGAAAAAUAAAUUAGUAGAACCAUCAUCAGGGCUGGCUUCUACUCAAAUAUCCGUUCAAUGUGGCAGCGAUGAUCCCUUGGACGCUGAGCCCCUUGUGGGACCGACGGUGAUUGAGGAUAAACAUAUCGACACAACAAAACCUGCCGAAGUAUUUUCUAGGCACAACAUGAAUCUUGAAAUGGAAAGAUAUCGAGAGUAUUCUGCCGAAAGCAAAUUACCACCCGGAAGACAACCGAUACCAAUGCCGUAUGAGAUGAUUGCUCAAAUGCCAGUUAUGAUGCCACCAGAAGAUGCUAACUUGAUGCUUCCAAUUGAGAUUUCAUCGAAGCAAAAAACAACGAAACGUCAAUCAUCUCGACGUAGAUCGGCUCGAUCGGCUGUAGAACCGAUUCCUCCAUUUAUAUCUCCUGCAAACGAACCUUUACCAGCAAAGCGUCAAUCAGAUAGAGUCAGCCAUCGACGCAGUGCGACACAACGAAUUGUAGUGAAUAUAAAUUCUGAAGCCAGUAAACGUUCAACACUUGAAAUGCCAUAUCCUAAUAAAGUUUCUCCGCGGCAAAUAUCCCCUCGGCCUGUGAUGAUAAACACAGAUAUGACCAAGGAUCAAAUUGUUGAUAAACCGUUACCAAUGGAAUUUUCACCUUUACACGUUUCUCCAAAGCAAGUCAAUAUUAAUGUUGAUACUCAUCGAUCUAGUCGAUCUAGAAGUGAAUCAAUUACAAAGCAUCCUUCUCGACAAACGAGUCAGGCACACAAACAAAUAUCGCCUCAAUCAGGCAACAACGAUGCCAAGCGCCUAUCGCCCAAACAGGUCAGUCAGGCUCUUGAUAUAAUACACUCAUCGCGAAUCCAAGUGUCCCCUCAAAUAAGCCAGGCACUUGAUAUAAGUCACUUGUCACAAAAUCAAGUUUCUCCUAAACAACUGAGUCAUGGUUUUGACAUAACUUAUUCAUCACGAAAUCAAGUCUCUCCCAAACAAAUGAGUCAGGCGUUCGAUAUAAAUCAUUCGACACGAAGUCCUCCCAAGCAACUCCCUGACAUCACUCAUCAAUCACGAAAUCGAGUAUCGCCAAAGCAAGUAAGCCAGACUUUUGACAUUACUCGUUCAUCACCAAGUCGUGUAUCUCCUAAACAGCUUAGUCAGUCUCAUGAUGUCCAGUAUUCAAACAAGUUAGGACAUAAACAAGUGUCUCCGAAACAAGCUUUCGAUGCACAGACAUCUAGUCAAUUACCUUGCAGACAGGUUAACUAUGCUCUUGAUUCAAAUAGAUUGACACCUAAACAAGCUUAUCCAAAACAAUCGAGCCAAACGGAUGCACAGUCUGUGAAUAAUCUGGCACCAAAGCAAAUGUCACCGAAACAAAUUAGCCAAGCUUUUGACCCUCAGUCAUAUAGCAAGAUGUCAUCUUCAAACUUAACUUCUAGAGAAGUGUCGCCGAGAUUAACUUCACCCAGACUGGUGUCACCCAGGCAGUCCCUCGAUAUCAACACUGAUAUCACAUUCACGAGAUCAAAGCAAACGCCUUCGCCCCGCUUUACGAAUCAGUCGAUUUCUAUCGAACCGAUACAUAAAGAAGAUUUAAGAAACGCUCCCGCUAGAGCUUCAUCGCAAGGUGGAUCAACUCAUCCACGGCCGCCAUCACAGAGUCAAUCUUCGAUAUCGUCAAAACAAAGAUCUCCGUCUCAACCUCGGGAUACUUCUACUCAGUCCCAGGGUCCUCCAAUUAUCUACCUAUAUGCCCCACCACCUCCACCACCACCACCUCCGCCUCCGGCGGCUUCUGUGUCACCUCAGACCAUGGUUCAAAACCAGCUUGAAUCUCAAUCGCAACAACAAUGGCAAUCAAAUGUAUACCAUGACAUAAUUCACCAAAAUACGUCUGAAAUAAGUAACGAACACAGCCGAACUAGAAAAGUGUCGGUUGAGGUUUACCCCGAAACUGAAUUUGCUCAUAUUCCGUCCGAUAUUCCUCCUGCUCAUGCUAGUACCAUCAUUGAACCUCUUGUAUCGGUUCCAUUAGAUCUAUCGGGAAAAAUGCCAACUGUUGAGAGUUGUGUCAGUGUGUCGAAACAAGAGACAUCUUUUGCUAAUAAUUAUGAGAAUUAUGAAACUUUGGAUUUAUCUAAUAAAAAAUCUGGUAUUUCAAAUAGAGACCCUACUGAUGUUGUGGUAGAUUUACGUGUUAAACCAGCAACACAACACUCCACGCGUGUACCUCUAGAAGACUGUUCCAUCUCAAGCAAGAGCGUCGAGAAGAUCGCAGGUCAUGUAUCAAUUCCUAAAGAUCUAUCUGUUAAAACAAAGCAUGUAGUUAGUCGUAAUGAUACUUUGCCUAUUGCUUGUGGCACUCAGGAUUUAUCCAGCCAGCAUACGACGCAAACUGUAAGAGAACCAGCAGAAGAAAUUAUUUCUGUAGAAGAAACUGCAACAGAUUUAUCUGGAAAAUCUACCGUUUCGCCUCGUGUUGACCAAACUAUUCACCAAAUUAAUAAUAAUGAGACACUUGCUGUACCAAUCACAGGAAAAAUAUGCCAAACUGUACAGGAAAAGGAUUCCGUGGUGGUGAAUAAUAAGGACAGUAAUGUCAACGCUCCAGCUAAUUUACCUGAGAAAAGUUACGAAACUAAACAAUCAGAAGUGCUAAUAGCCACGCAGAAUACAUCUGAAAAAGUAAUUGAACUAACCGAUAAUAUAUCUCAACCUACAGAUGCUCAAGACUUAGAUAUUAGCAAUUCUAUGCAAAAACCAGUUUUUGAUCCUACAUUAAAAAUACCGCAAUAUAAAAUUAGAGUUACCACAUCCGAUUCUCAAGAUAUUGUGGAAACUGAAUCAACUAACGAUGAAACAGGUGCUCAGCCAGAAGCAAAUUUAAGAGGAUCAAUAUUGCCUAAUAAUAAUAUAUCAAUGUCUUCGGAAAAAUCGUUUAAUUUGGUUUCUACGCCUUUGAAUAUCACGAAUGUUGCGAGCCUUCCAAUAUAUACCUUACCUAAUAUAGUUUCGAGUGCACAUGUAAACCGACACGAAAGCACCACACCUGUAUACACUUUAGCUAAUGCUUGUAUUUCAGUAACUAAAAUUGACGGAACUGGCGUAGUUCCAUUAACAAGUACUCUAUUAAGCAUUCCCUCCUCUACUAUCGCAAAUACUACAUCUGUUUAUACAUUAGCGAAUACAACCAUCGGAAUACCUGAUAAGUUUGGAUCGAAACUUAUACCUGGCGCUGAGAUACCGUUGCAAGGUUCUAUUCAAAGUAAUUUGCAUUCUCAACAAGUUGGUAUUGAUAAUGUCUCCGAAAUAGAAAGGCAAAUAAAUGCUAUUAACAAAAACGCAAUAGAGACUAAAAAGUUAAAAGAUGAAAUUCCUAAAAUAACAGCAACAAACGCCGAGCAAGAUCCUGAGACCGCUAGGAAAAUAGCAAUGCUACCAAAAGAACUGGUGGAGAUACUUGGUACUAUGCCUCCAGGGCACAGAAACCAACUUUUAAACGUUUUACCACAGUAUGUUUCGAAUACAAAUGCGCAAGUUGAUGGUAUCCAGGGUACAGCAGCUGAAGCCUCAAUUUCGUCAGCUGUUUCUAAGUAUGGUUCUCCAAUAAAUUAUCAAAAUGCAAUGGUAACAUUACCCGAUAAUAGAUUUACCGCUAAUUUUAGUGCUCAACUAAACGAAAAUUUUGAAUCAGAUAUCAAGCAAAGCUUCCCUUUGCUUAAUUCCACUAAAUCUCCCCUUGAAGAUGUCAAACCUCCAAUGCGUACUUUGGAUGCAAGUGGUGAAUCUAAAAUUGAGAUUAUAAAUUUGGGGAAAUCUGAAAUAAACAUGACAAAACUUAAUGAAACUAUAAUUGAUUUAACCGAAGAUGAUAAUCCACCAUCUGCCGCUAAAACUACAGAAAAUUAUCCUACCACCAUAGUGUUACAAGCUUUACAAGCAACUCAACCAAUAAUAAAUUUGAGUAGUGUUACUAAAACUAAAGUUACCAACGAAAAAACCUCAAUGUUGAGAGCAGUUCGCAUAAAAGCACCUUCGGAAAGACAUAAGUCAAUGUCCACGGAUUUACAGGUUUCAAAAGCUACAAAUAAUCUUGAUAGUGAACUCGCAUUUCAUAAAACGUUGGCUAUUCAACAAUCUGAAGUAAGUAGUACACAGCAUCAGAAGAAAGAUGCUGUGAAGUUCCCGAGUCAAAUGUCACCAGUACUGACUGAAUUGACUAAAGAUAUUGAAAAGCCUGACAAAAUUCAACGUGAAAUAUCAACGGAUCAAAUCAUAUCAGAAAUCGAAACCGAUAAUAAAAUAGUGGGUAUAAAAACUGUGUUGGUCACCUCGUCUAUUUCUACAAAGGACUUGUUGACGAAAGAUGCAGUAGGUAAAGAGACCGUGAAUCAAAUCAUACAAAACAAUAUUCAAAAUGAGUUAGCACCCUCUGCAGAUGCAAUAAGUGAAAGUUCAGAUAAUGAAAAACAAGAUACGGCUUUUGAUACUUCGAUAGAGUGUUCUACUUUAAGUGGUGAAUCAAAAGAGAAGAUAGGUUUAGAUGAGCAUAUUAAAGAAGAUUCCGACGAUGAUGUUAGUUUAGCAGUUAUUGUUAAACAAAAGUUACUUGACCAGCAAAUUAAUAGCGAAAAGGUGGACAUACUAGGAAGCAAAAAUAAACUUGAUCGUAAGAAGAGACGAAAGGACAAGAAACUUAAAAGAUCUGAAAAGAAAGCAGUUGGCAAACAAAAAUAUCUCGAUCAAAUAACUGCUUCUGUAAUAAAAAAUGACUUAGUUCCAAAUGAUGCAGCCGAUAAUUUAGAUAAGACACAUGUCGAAGAUUCGCCUUCAAACCAAAACUUUAUCAACUCACCCAAAAGUGAUAUUCCUUUAAAGGAUGAAGAAAAACAUUCCAAAAAGAAAACCAGAAAGUCUCUGCGUAGUAAGAGUUUAUUAAAUACGACUUCGGAUGCACUUGAUUUUGAUAGACAAGACAUGCAUGAAAUUGUUCUGGAGCAUGAUAGUGUAUCUAGCUCUAGUAAUAUAACCCAGAAAGAGAAGGAUGAAGAUGAUACAAAAAUAAAUUCAAAUGUGAUAAUUGAAAAGGAAGUACAACAAGAAUUAGAACCGGAAUCAACUGCAUCUGGAAAUUUAUCUGAUGAUUUCAAAUCAAAAUAUGAAAUGUCUAUAUUUUCGGCAAACGAUGAUGACAGCUCUCACAUUUAUAGUAAAAAGGAAAAGGCGAGAAAGAAAAAAGACAUAUCUAAACUUUCUUUAUCGACUUUGCCAAUUCAAGGUAAAGAAGUUGACGAAAUACGUGAGAUUGAUAAUCCUGAAUUCGAAAAAGGACAGAAUAACUAUAGAGACGAGUGUGGAAAAGCUGCCGAACCUGAUUCUUGCAGCCUUUUAGAACUUUCAGAUACACAAGAUUCCGGUAUGCAAGAAAGCAUUGAGGAUGACAGUAAUUCUAAAAGCGACGAAUUCCAAAAAAAUAAAAGCGAUACGCGUAACAAAAAAGUUAAGAAGGUCGAAAUAUGUGCUCAAACACCUGAAAUACAAGAACAAACCAUGGCACCUUUGCGGCGCAGUAGACGUGGAAAAUCUCUUUUCGUUGACAUUAAACCAUCUGACGGGGAAAGUAUUACCGAAUCGGAACAAAAAACCCCACUUACCAAAAAACAACUUAUCUUUUCAAAGUUACUACUCGAUGAAGAAAAUACUAUACCUCAAGCACAUUCAACAUCAUUAAAUAAUCCUGAAAAAACUGAAAUUAUUACUUCUGCACCAGAACCUUCGAUGGAUUCCAACACAAAUACAAUGGAUGUAAUUCAACAACAAAAUAAAGCCACUAAACGCCGGCAUUCGCCGCAGGUUAAGAGAAAACUCAAGAAGUCAAAACCCAUUGAAAAUUCGCCUCAAAUUGUAGAAGACAGUGAUACUGACAGUUCUUUCCAUGUUGAAAAACACACUAUUACAGUUGAAGUCGUUGCUCAACCUGAAAUUGAAAAAGAAACCAUGAAUUCAAAGAAUAUAGGAUCUAGUAUUUCUGGAACUGAAAUCGAAGAAACAAGUUAUAGUGAAAACAAAUCGCGAACAAAUACCGAUCAUCUAAAUAAAGGCACAUUGUCAGCAGAAAAACGAAAAUGUUCAGGCAACUCUGAUUUGGAACUGAAUUCAAAAAUUAAAAAAUGUAAACUUUCUAAUACAGUAGAUACAGACCCAGGUAUUAAAUCGACCGUUGACAAAAAUGUUAUUGAUGAAGACCAAGAUAAAAUAAGUAAGAUUCCAGAAGUGCGUACUACUUGUUAUAAUAAACCAGUUGCCGCAGCGAGGCGCACUCGUUCAAAGUCAGCUGUUGUCAAAUCAUCGGGCACACUAUUGUAUGAUCCCUAUGAUAUUGAUCUAGAUGAUAUGAUUGAAAGAAACGAACCUGUGUUUAUCAAGAAAGGGAGAAAAUCUGAAACAAAAUCCAGUGAUCACUUUGGAGCAACGCCUUCACCCGUUAAGAGCACAAUUUCUAAAAUGCCGAAGAAAGCGUCAGUUCAAAGCCAAAGUAAAACAUCUAUUAAACAAAAGAAAUUACACAAGGAAAUUCCUUUGCCUGAUAAGGAACAAGGCAAUAAAGUGUUCGAAGGUAAUUCAAUGAAAGAUGUGAGAGGCAACAUUAGUGAUUCUGAUGAUUCUUCUAAAAGUGAUGUCCCUCUACAAAAAUAUGUGGAAGAAAAAGGAAAAAGAGUUUCGGAUAUGGAUAAUGUGCCCUCACCCGAAAAAGAUUUUGAUGAUGAUACCAACUUAGACCAAGGUGAAUUUAGUGGUGACAAAAAUAAUAGUAAUGACAGUAAAUCAAGCAGGAAAACUUUAGCUGUCUGUAAUAAUGUAGAGGAUGGUGCAAUUCAAAGCGACACUGAAGAACAAUUAAGAUCUGAACAGUUUAUGGAAAGCUUUGGAUUCUUUUCGGAGAGGAAGCCGAGAAAGUCAAAUUUAUUGGCAUCAAAGAAAAUAUCAGAGACAUUCCAUAUUAUAGCUAAUGAAAGUGAUGAUGUGUACUUUGGCUAUAAGGAUCGAACAACUAAGAAAUUGCAAAAUGAAAAUAAAAAAUCUGCAGACGGCGAGGGUUCAAAAUCAACGCAAAAUUCCUCCAAUAAAAAAGGAACAAAACGUGGUCGAAAGAAAAAGAGCUACGUUAAACCAGUACCAUGUUACUGUAAUAUUUGCAAGAAAGAAUUUAAACGUUCUGACAAUUAUUUGAGGCAUCAAAUGUCUUUGAUUCAUAUAUCGAAGUUAUCUGAAGUGGAACUAAAAAUAAAGACUCUUCCAAUUCACGAGGAACCUAACUAUCUAAUUGCUUAUAAACAAUAUCUUGACCGCCUUAAAAUACUGACUGACAAAUUGGCAAAAAAGAAGAAGAAUAAAGGAUCCAGAAAAAUCAAAUUGCCAACAGUUGAGGAAAUAUUGGCUGAUUUAAAUAAAACAAUAAGAGAACAACAGUUUUCUCAACGUGGUGAACUUAGUCGGGACGAGGCAUUGUUUCUUGAUUGCUGUGAACUUCUCAAAGAAUCACAUAAAAGUGAGAAACCAAAUGCACCAGAUGCAUCUGCAUUAGCAAAUCUAGCCCAAUCUUCGGGUAGCGAAUUACUUGAAACAAAGCAAAUAAUCGAUGACACUAAGAGUGAUGGCGACGUUGAUUCAAUAACGGCUAAAAAUAUUCUUGAAAGUGAAGAAGUUCGAAAUUUGGAGAAUGAUUUAAUUUCUGGUCUUAAAGAAGCUGCCAAUGCUUCGCUUUGUUCUAAGAUAAGUUUUCAGCAAGUAACAGUUGAGCCACAAGAUCCUGUUGAAAAAAUGCCUAGUUCUGAAGUUAAGGAACAUGAAAAAGUGCAGGAAUUAAAAGUUGUAGAAAAACCCCAUGUGUCAGAAAAGUCCAAGAAAGAACCAAGAGAAGUUCACGUUGAUGAAAAAGAAUUUGUGUAUAAAGAAAAAAUGUAUCCGGAUAUAAUUGAAGAUAUCGACAUGUUCGAAGAUAAAUUUGAUAAAAUAAAAAGGAAAUGUAGAUCUCAAGCCGCUGCGGCAAAACAAUCUCAUCAGAUAGUUGCAGAGCCAAAUGAGAGUCAUAAAGCACGGCGAAAAUCAGAAAAGAAAAAAGGAAAGAAAGCGAAGAAGUCUCAUGUACCAACCAAAGGAGCUCUCAAAGGUUUUGAUGGUAUUAAAGUUUCUAUACCCACGUCGGAUAUUAAUAUGUCAGCCAUAGUCCCACCCAUUGAGGUUGCAGCUAAAAAGAAAAAGAAGUCUAAUUCCAAGAAGAACAGAGAUAAGAAGGAUUCUGAAUCUAGUAGCAAGUAUGACAGCGACAUACGAGGAAAAGAUAGUUCACCCCAAAAGAAGGUAGAUGUCUAUGAAUUUAUGGAUAACGAAGAUGCAGAACUCUUCGAAUUUAGGCCGUCAACAUUGAUGGAACGAUUUAAAAAUAUUCUCAAUAAAGACAUGCCAAGUACAUCAAAGUGUAAUGAAGACGUAACACCCAAGAAGAAACAUUCUGUGCCUGAUGAAGAGGACGAUUCUAUUGGAAGUGCAUCAGAUGGAGACGAUUUUGUUUAUAUGUCUGAUGAUUAUGUAUGUAGUGAUGAUGAAACGGAGAACAGCUUAUUGUCAUGUGAAUUGGGUACUGGUAAAGCUGGAAAUGAUUCAAAGAAAACAACAAGUUCAUUAAAAAGAAAAGAUGUUGUUGAGAAAAAUGCAGUUAUGGGUAAAAUAUUCAAACAUAAUGCAGUGCGAACAGAAAAGAAAACUUCAAAGUCCAAAGAACCCGUUAAACCCAAAGCUAAUUUAGAUCAAUUGUUUGAUAGUUUACUUGAAGAUGAACCCAGUUCUUCCACAAUCAAAAGCGACUCUCCUAGAAAAGAUCCACCCGAUUCACCGAGAGAUUACAGCAGCCUACCAGCUUCGAAGUAUGAACCCUCAUCUUCCACGUUUGAGACGGCUCGAGAUUCACCUGUGAGGGAAUUUGCUUUGCCACGAAAAUACGACAUAUCUCCACCUCAUAAAUAUGAAAGCACGCCCUCAACAUCGAAGAAACCAAAGAGGCCAUCAUUGCAGGCUGAAGAAUUUAAAUUUACGACCAAAAAAUAUGAUUAUGUAGAUGACGACUAUGGUCCAUCUACAUCUAAACGAUUUACAUCUAGUUCGUUCGAUUAUGACUAUGGACCUAGUACUUCUAAGAAACAUGACGUGAGGUCACCAGGAGAAAAUAUGGAUUUAUCACCACGUAAAUAUGAUGCGUUUACUUCGAAAAAAUACGACGGUACAUCGAAAGGAAACGACUAUGUAUUAUCGAAAUCUUCCAGAAAUGAAGGGUCCUAUAAGAGGCGUUAUUCUUUAGAUAAGUCGCCUAAGAGGAACAAAGACGAAGGGAUCAGUACUAGUUAUGAUUAUAGCGCUGAUGCAAUGGAUCAAUCACUGUAUGACGAGACGGGGGUAGCAAGACAAAGAGCACGUCGGAAGUGUACAGUGGGCAAGCAAAACGUACUAGCUGAAAGUUGGAGUUCCGAGUCCGAGCCGGAGCGUGGGCCUCCGAGGCCUGCCAGUGCCGAGUCAGUACUGUCCACCGGCGGGCGGAAGAAGAAAGGGAAGAAAAAAGAGACUCAGCUAAUCAGCGGGCGCAAGGGCAACCGGAUGUUUAGGAAGCAAGACGAAAGCAGGGUAAGUAGUAGUAGCCGCCACAUGUCGAGUGGUAACGAUGCCGCGUGCAGUUAUGCGGAGCCCGGGCCGAGUACGAGCGUGUCGACCGGUGUUCAGGUAUCUUUGGGUCCCCCCGUCUACCCCGGGCCGUCGGGCUUGAAGCCCCGGCCCUCGCGGCCCGCGUCCUACUCCUGGACUUCAGAAGGCGAUGACGAGCAAGAACAUCUCCAACAGCACGGCUGGAUUGUGGGAGAUAGUCAUAAAAAGUUGGUAACGAUGUUAGCACACGCCAAGGGCCGCAAGCGCAACAGUGAUGACAAACGUCACUUGGUCGAGUGAAGUUAGUUAUUUUAGUUUACGUUUACCUGUAAAUAUUUUGUACAUAAUAUUCUAGUUCUUUAUGGAGUCUUGAUACUCCAGACCAGGAAAUCCUCGAUAAGCUAUAAAAUUUUAUUUGAGUUUUGUACAUAUUGUAUAUCUUUUUAUAGUAUAUUUUAUUUUAGUUAAAUUAUGAGUGAGCCUACUUACUGGAAGGACUGUAUUUAUAUAAUGAAAUUAGAGGCAGCCCUUGCAGUAUCACAGCUGAAGUUUCUCUGUAAAAUUUUUGUUCGGUUUCAGCGUCUUUGAUUAUUGAUUAAUCAAUUGUUUUUCUGUAAUUGUAAUGGAUGUUUACGAAGACGGGGUCAUUUUAUUGUGACUGUAGGCUAUGACUUGCAAAGUAUCUUGAAAUGCGGUAUUGUCUGAUAUAAAAUAUUAUGUAUUUAACAUCGAUUCGUUUUACACCAUAUUUACAAAUAUGUGCACAAGUUUUGACGGGUAAAAUAUUAUAUUAAUAAAUUUUAAAUAUAGUCAGCAAUGUUCACCGUUUCGUGGCAUUUUCAGUAUUGUAUUGUGAUUAACAUAUGCAACUUAGAGUUAAGUGUUUCAUGUACGCUGCCCCGUCUACCGUCUACAAUAUUCGAUUAGUCUCCGGCCAUCGAUUUAGGAGGACAGUUUUAAUGUGUGUUACUCCAUAAACUAUACAUAUAUUUGUGUUCCUUGCAUAAUAUAAGCGGAUUCUAAUCAUAAUAAUCGUAAUAAAUGUAUUUUAUUUGAAAGCUGUCAGCAUUUGAUUAGGCGGCUGAUUUCAGAGUUGUGUUCGGUAGGGUCUCCUGAGGCUGGUACUGCGGUCUGUGUGUAUUGUGUAUUAUUUGAGUAGGUUGAUUUGUUAACUAUUUUUAUACAUUAGAUAUUUUUUUGAGUAGUCAAUUUGAACAUGGUGUGAAAUCUCAAUGCAUAGUUAUGUUUUUCUAGUCCAGUAAAAGAAAGACUAAACCCGUUAUCAGCCUCGGAACUAAGUGAUCUAUUUCCAUUUUUAAUUAAAAAGAAGACUUAUAAAUUGAUAAUUUUAUUAUUUGGAUUAUUUACAAAAGUGAUCUUUAUUAAAGUGAGUUUCAUUAUUGAAUAAAAGCUCAAUGUUGA